AUGUCUACGGUGACCCGCGCCUACCUCGACCAAAGGCUCGUCGCCGGCAAGCACUGCUCCAAAGAGGAUGCCAUGGCCGGAGCCAAGGUAGCAACUGUCACCACCGUCGCUGUCGCAGUCCCCACCCUGGCGAGCGUGAGGAUGCUGUCGUGGGCGAGGGCGCACCUCAUCCCGAACGGGCAGGGGCUCAUCAUCUCCACCGUCACUGGGAUGGCCUACUUCAUCAUCGCCAACAAGACCAUCCUCUCAAUGGCCAGGAAGCACUCCUUCGAGGACGCGCCGGACCACCUCAAGAACACCCUCUUCCACUGUUUACGCUAUAAUGGAUCCAUUAGUAGUGUGUAA